AAAUCCCAUGAUAUUUGUUGGUAUCAAUUAUCAAUGCGUUAUGUAUAGAUGCAUACCACUAGCUAUCGAGUUAGCGUUGUUGUUUAGUGUUGCAAUCAUUGGCAUUAUGGUUAUUAUUAGCAAUUGACACUGAUGGUAAUCUGUUGUUUGAUAGCUUGCUACACCAGACAUGAUUCAAUACUGAAAUCACUUAAAUAUAAUAACUACAAUAACAACAAUAACGACAACAACUACAAUAAUUACGAUAAUUACGAUAAAUCCAAAAAAUACAGUGAAUACAAUGAAUACAGAAAAUACAAUAAAUACACCCUUCUUGCUGUCUCUGUUUACGGGAGCCCAUUGGACUUGGUCAAGAGGGAUGCCAUGGCCAAUGCUGAUGCCAAUGCUGAUGCCAAUGCUGAUGCCGAAGCAUGUCUCCUUGGUCUUUGCAAUGUCGUUGGGGGUGUCACCAACACUGUUGGCAAUCUUGUUGACGGAGUUCUUGGUGUGGUUGACAACUUGGUGUACACUUUAUUUGGAUGUGGUGGUAACUUUGUGAGUUGUUCCACCGGAACCUGUCCAGUGCAACUCAGCUCCAUCUUGAGCAUUUUGAAAUUGAAUCUUGACUUCAAAGCCAUCUUGGGCUACAGUCCUCCAGCUGGAUACAUACCUGCCACAGGCCUUAUCAGAGACUGCUGGGGAUACGUCUACAACCAAAACACGUUCAACAUCAUCAAGGCCACGCCAGUAUUCGGAUUCACCAUCACCAACAACAUCAAAGUUCCUAUUGCUACUACCCGCUACAAAAGUGGCACCAAGACCAUCACUGAAUAUGUUCCAUGCACACAGUGUGCCCAAGCUACUCACACCACAUUAGCUCUUGAUUAUGCCGGUGAGUUCUGGGGCGAAGGAUGCAGCCAGGUGGGCGACAAGUUGGCUGAAGUUGUCAGCAAGCCAGUGAAAAACAUCCAGAAAUGGGGUGUUGUGUUUGACCAGGACAACAAGCAAAUUCCAAUCUACGGGUUCACCAAGAUCGGCAAGAGACCUGUUCCAUUAGUCACCAAGAUUGUGAACAGAUCCACCUACACAGUUCCAUGCACACCAUGUCUUCGUGCCACCUCGACCUCGUUGUCGUCGCAGUACACGUCGUACACCACCACCGGGGCCACAUAUGCUCCAUGCGUUGAAAUUCCUACUCCUCACUGUUCUGCUAUCAAUUAAACAGGGUCGAGUGAGGUCUCGGACGAACAUGUUUGGUUGGCCAGCUUCGAUUGAAAUCAGUCGCUGAUGAGUCGCUGAUUUGAGUUCAAUGGACUUUGGUUUGUUUGAUUUAUAUUAUUUUGAAGUAAUUAUUGUUAUUUUUAUAUCACAUUUAUCUUUUUAUUUUUCU